CCAUUAACACAAAGUUAUUAGAGAUGAAGUUUGAGAAAUGGCUGGGAUAUCUUCUGGACCAAACUUUUCCAGAAUGGAGAGAUCGUUAUCUCUCCUACAGCCUUUUCAAGACUCUAAUCAAGCUCUCAGAAUCUGAGAAAAACAACACAAAUACAGGAGACCCACAUGAAGAUUGUUUGGAUAAAUAUGAAGAGGACUUUAUCCGUUUACUCAAGGUAGAAGUAGACAAGCUUAACAGAUUCAUGGAGGACAAAUCUAAGGACUGUAGUAUUCGUUUACAGGAACUGAAAAUUGGGAUUGAAAAGCUUAAGAAUGGUCAUGCACAAGCCAGUGCAAGGGGGGAAAUAAUUGUACUUGUCAAAGAUCUGGUGAACUUGCAUGGAGAGUUGGUCCUUCUUGAGAACUAUAGUGUAUGGAAUUACACAGGGCUAAGGAAGAUCUUGAAGAAAUACCGUAGAAGAAUACGAGCUGUACUUGGGGAAAAUUUUAUCAUGUCAAGCUUUGCUUCUGAAACUCUCUCAAGCCUUAUAAGUGAAUGCCAAAGCCUCCUGCCGUUCAUUAAUUCUUUGUUCUGUGGAGAUAAGGAGGCGGAUCAGGAUAAUAUUAUGAGAGAGAUAAUGCUUUUAGACAAUGAGAACGAGCAGAUUGUAUAUACAAACUUAGUUGCUGCUCUCAACAUUCUAAAUGACAUGAAUAGACUGAGCUCUGUCGAUAAUAGUGAUGGAUAAACUAGUGGAUUCAGUCAUAGAGAACUUUCAUUUUAGAAGGAUGUAAAAGAAGUAUUUGUAAGCUAAGAAGUCAUAAUGUGGGCUUACUAGUUUUUCUUUCUCUUUUUGUAUGCUGUUGUGCAAGAACUAUUUGCUCAAUUACAUUGAGUUUAUGCUUUAAUGGGACCCCUUCGUUAA